CUGCUGAACUCUCAACAUCACGCCACGGAUUACGCUGUCCAUUCUUCUCCACAAGGCAUAAUAAACUUCGCAAUUGACUCGUAGAUAAAGACUCCUCACAGCUCGUACCAUUUGUCAUUGUUCAGAAAGACAACUACUCUUUGCUUUGUAUCCACGAUGUUUGUGAAUACUUUCUCGGAAGUGGUUCAAGAAGUUCGCAAAUGAAAAGUUUUCAAGAAUGGCCGGUGCCAUGGCUGGACUAAAACUUUUGGCGGUUCUGUGGGCGGUGCUCGCCGUUUCGAAAGACGCAGCUGGAGUAACGUGGAACUGGGAAAAGUGGUGGACCUACGACGGUAUAUCAGGUCCUGACUUCUGGGGCUUAAUCAACCUGGACUGGAGCCUCUGCCACAAAGGCCGACGCCAGUCCCCCAUAGACAUUGAUCCGACGAGAUUACUGUAUGAUCAGAACCUUCGCCAACUGCAUAUUGACCAGCACACGGUGGGUGGCUUGGUGGAGAACACUGGCCACAGUGUCGUGGUGAGUCUUGACAGCACGAAGAACCCCCUGAACGUGACGGGGGGUCCUCUGUCGUAUCGUUACCAGCUCUCAGAGAUUCACCUCCAUUUCGGCAGCGUCGAUGACAUGGGCUCAGAGCACACCGUCAGCGGGCGGGCCUUCCCUGCGGAGGUCCAGGUGCUGGGAUUCAAUUCUAAUCUCUACUCCAAUUUCUCUCACGCGCUGGACAAAGCCUACGGCAUCGUUGGCAUAUCUUUGUUGCUCAAGAUAGGGAAGAGCUCAAGCGAAGCCUUUAGCAACCUUACAGCAGGGGUGAAAAGCAUCAGAUAUGUUGGCACGUCCUACCGUGUGGAAAGAGUGAGCGUCAAGGACCUUCUGCCCGAAUCCCGGUACUUCAUCACUUACGAGGGAUCCACUACCAUGCCUGCCUGCCACGAAACCGUCACCUGGAUCAUCCUGAACAAGCCGGCGUAUAUCACCAAGGAACAGCUCUUGUCCCUGCGCGAGGUCACCCAGACGAACAGCACCUUGCAGACGCCACCACGGACUCUCGCUGAUAACUUUCGUCCUCCCCAGAAGCUCAAUCAUCGGCCUGUUCGGACGAACAUAGAUUUCUCUAAUGCUGGAGGGAAUUGUCCUUCUAUGCAGAGCGUAGCGCGGUACACAGCCAAUGCUUGGAACACUAGUUAGCUCUCUCAAAAGGCGGCAGCUGAUUCCCCGUCGAGUAUGAACCGCCCUGCCCAAGAACUAGCAGAGAAUCUGAUGGAAAUCUCUCAGAGUACUUUACUCGUGAAACAGAAGAGGAAGAAAACCUUGAGGAGAGAGAGGAGAACCACCUAAACGUCCUUUGCGAGGUUUCGACAACAAACGGGGAUGCUGAAGAAGGAAACUGUUAGUUACCCGCGCCUUCCGAUCUGACUUAGUCCUUCGCUGGUUGUGAUUUCCUCAUGAAAUUGUGAUAAUCAACAUGCUGUGACCGUUGGGCUUGGUGCUCUCACGAAGGCUUGUCAUAAACUGGCCCUGGUUGUCAUGACUUUAGCACACCAGUUCGACAGAGUUUUUAGUUUUAGAUCUUCGGUGAGAAAGUAAAUGGCUUGAAUACCUUAUCCCUAAGCUACAACUCCCUUCAAGAUCGGGACCUGAACAUAACGAACAUAUGGUGGUUAAGAAAAUGACUAAAAUUACUGAAAACACAUAGUGGAUAUUUAAUUUCGCCUGUGUGUUCAUUGAAAGACGUCAUCUGGUGCUCUGUUGAGGGAAAAGUCACUCCAGAUUCCAGCUGCGAUGCCGAACCUUUGACUGAAAGCUUUUCUAGCGCAUAAACGCAGUGAGAAGAACGUCUUUUGCUGAUCUGAUGCUUAACUAGUAAGAUGUAUUGCAUUUCCUUGCCGUAAUUUGUGUUUACCUUUUCACAAUUUUGGACUUUCUCGUGUCAUUGCAGAAUGCAGCGCUGUAUCCAUUCUCAAUCCGUAGGGUAGCUACUGUCACUUCUAAAUUCUAAGACUAAUUUACAACGAAUGAAAAUAAAAUUGCGUUCUUAAACAUAUUUGCCUUUCUUUGUUUGCUGUGAAUUUUAAGGACGUUAUCAUGCUUUCAUGUACAUAUGUGGUUAAUUCAGGAGUCUGCCUGAAAGUGAUCUACGAGAUGUGCUGUCAAGUGACUUCUUUUGAAUGAAAUGUUAAUCAGUUAGGUCAAUAUAUCCGUCCAUCUUCUCUUCUGUAGGAACUGUACUUUGCGUGGUAACACUUUAAGGAAUGUACUCUCUGUAAUUGUUGUGGAAAGUAGGAUCAUCUCAUGACAAAGGUUUAAAUUUCAGUGAAAAAAAAGACAUUAAACUGAUAGACAGCUGCUGUUUAAUCCUGUUAUAAAUGCAAAAGAAAAAUGAGAGCAAGAUGUGUGACCCUUUUUUUUCUUAAUUUAUUUUUCGAGUUUUCAUUCAUUUUAAUUGUAUGAAACAGAGGGUGCAUCUAGACCUAUUUCAUUCGUGUUUCGGUCGUUGAGAGGUGGAAAGGAUGUGUAGAAAUUAGAAGAAAAUAAGAUGUUAGUGGGAAGAGAUAUUACGGAUUGGAGUUUUGGUAUGGAAGAAAACUGCUUGAAAUGACCUCUUGACGUUUUGAUACUACAGUAUAUAGAUGGUAAUUUGUAUAGAAGAAAACUGCUAAAAAUUAUAUCGUAACAUUCUAUUACUACAAUAGACAGAUAAUAAUUAUAAAAUCAUGUUCACUCUUUUACAUAACUGUAUUAUAUUUGAGAGAUUUAAUUGCCGUCGAUAAGCCAAAAUGUCAUAAUCUUGCUUAACAAGCUGUCACAAAAUAAGAAAAAAAAGCCAGAAAUGUGUGUGAAAAAGCUAAAUCCGGACCAUUGAAGAUGAAACGAAAUGGUUAUGAAUCAUAAAAGGUAAAACAGUUACUACAUAAUUAGCUUUUACAAGUAAACAAGUCAGUAUUAAUUGAAUAGAUAAUUAAACAAGCAAGAAAAGGAAAGAGUGAUCGAGUGCACCCAAGCAAGGGAACUGAAACCCAACACUGGAAGGGGAUGUCAUAGAGGCAGUGGGACAGUUCAGGGUGUGAGGAUACCUCCUCUAAUCUGAGCCUCUUGAGUAACGAGGAAGGAAAAUCAUUAAAGUUGCGACUUUCGUUUUACCAACGGUGGCAAGUCAAGUCCCUCUAUGGGAAUGUCUGGUUUCAUCAUUGCCAUUAUUUCCCUGAUUCAGGAAUAACGUGAAUGUUGAGAUGUUGAGUGUCCGUUUAUGGGAUGAGAAUGAGAAUGUGAGAUGUCUGUAAAUAUGGCUAGUAUUACAGCUGUAUUACCCAUGCUUACUGUAAGAGAUGAUUUUUAAAAAAGCUGUAGAAUUCUAAUUAUACGAGUAUUUCAGUUUGGAAGUAAAGUCGUGGGAGACAAGUCUUACAUUAAGGCUAGGAACAUUUUCAAUGUUUCGUCAUCGCAGAAUGACGGGAAAAAUGUCGAACGAACGAAAUAUUUAGCUGCCGAUUUUUAAAGUAAGAAGCUAAACUAAAAUUGCAUUAGAAUGGACAAAUAUUUGUGGAUGUUGAUGCAAAAGAGGAUUAAGUACUCUUAUUAGGAAGAGGUUUUGAAUAUGAAUUUGAGGUGUUUUUUUUUAUCCAAAAUGGACGAUAUAAUUAUGUAAUCAGAUCUCAGUGUCUUGCUUUUUAUUAUUUAAAAAUCUGUGUCAGAGUUAAGAUAGAAUGUAGAUAUAAAUUUUCAAAAUGUUGCUGUUUUGGGGAAGGCUGUACCAGCAGACCAGCUGAUACCUGACCAUAUACGAAGAUGCUGGAUCUCUUGCAUUCAGAUAAAGAAAGUCAAGGAGCAUUGUUCUUAAUAGGAUAAAGAACAUUAGAUUAGCAUUGGUUGAAAGUGCUCCAUGUUGCGGAAAUGUUAGCAAUAUGUCUUCUGAGGUAAACAUAACCAAGAAAAUAUUGGAAAAUAAAGCGGAAUAAGUACUUGUGUUUGAACAAAACAAUAGACAGAAAAAACUUAAAAGCGAGAAGACUAAAUAUACGGCUUGCCAAAAUUCCCUGAAGUAAAGAGAAAAUGGAAUAAUGGAUGCUGUUCUUUUUCAGAGCAUAAUGCUGAAUCGCAUCAUUUUUAUGCCAUGAUGCGUUCUGCCAUUGGUGGAAUUUCAUCCCCAGUUACAUUCGUAUUGCACUGAAGUAUGCUUGGAAAAAUAAAAAAAAGAAUUGUUAACGAGACAUCCUAUCAGGUGCUUUGCAUACGUGUGUCCGCUAAAGAUGUUUACUGAUCAUUUGCAUCUCUUCUUCAAAAUGCCCUUUUAUAUUGUCAUUUAUCAUUGCUUCUCAGUUGCUUUUUUCGCAAUGGUACUUUGUACAGCCAUGUAACAUGUUGAAUGUAGUACAAGUACUGUGAUGUGGACUGAUGUCUGUGGCGGUUACUGUGAUCGUUACGUUACUCCAAAGCUCGUUUCUUACACUGUACAGUGAAAGCACUUAUUUUGAAUUAUGUGUCUCGUCUAAUGUAAUAAGUGAUAAAUUUCAAUAUUCAUAAUCUCUUUCCGGGAAUCAGGAAGUUAUCUCUGAUAGGAAAAGACGUGUAUCAUGCCUUUGAAUACUUGAUGUUUCCAAGCAUAGUUGUUACGUAGUAUUGUACCGAGAUAAUGUUUACAAUGGAUCAUGUAACACGCCAUGUAAUUUCAGUUUAUACAUAUCUCCCUACGUUUCGACCAUUUAUAUUGAAGGUAUGAAAACAUUCUGUGAUGUUGCAGAAAUGGCCUCUCUACCAGUAAAGGCUGGGCUUUUUAUAAAUUAUGUUUUUAUUUACGUUAUUUACAUUUCUUUCAUGGAAUCUUGUUUGCCAUUUUUAUGUAAAGAAGUUAGUACUCGAUGUAUGAGAGUUUUGUAUUCCGUCAUUCAAGUAAGGCUGCUCCUCCGUGAAGAGAGAGAGACUCGAGAUCUUGUUAAUGUCUGUUGACUUUAAGUAUUUUGAUUUUGUAGAUUCUCAAACACAUGAAAAUGAAUUAUUUCAACUUACGUUACUUCAUUUUCUAUUGAUUGCUUUUACGCAAUGUCUCAACCAUAAAUAUGUGGAUUGUAAUGUUCUCUUUUGGCUCUAAAAAAAAUUUGUCGAGUUUGUAAUUAGAGGUAGAAAUUGAAAAUUUAACGGAGAAUCAGUAACAUCUUUCAUGCCAUGUAAACAGAUUCGAGGAAUCUUUUCUUGAACACUGAUUUAUCUAGAAUUUAAAGGAUGGACUGACAGUACACAACUCAUUUGCUUAUUUUGCGGCAGAUGGAUACUCCUAAACAAUAGAUUUCAUGUUGAAGAUCCCAUCUUCAAGUAUAGUUCAUCAAUAAAAAUAGAGUAUA